AGGAUCUAUCAGGUGUGUGUCCUCACUCAGAAAUCGACGACAGUGUUGGACAGACCAUGAAGAUUGUAGCUCUUCUCUUCGUUGCCGCAGCAGCAGGCGUGGUGGUCCUGGCAGCCCCCGCCCCCCAGGACGUGGAACAGCAACAACAAGAGGAAGUAGUGCAGGAGGAGGUACAGGAGGUGGUGGUACUGGUGGAGGAGGAGAAACUGCGUCAACCAGAGAUUCUCUUAGAUGAACGUGUCCAACCCCACAAUGGCAUCUACUCCUUCCAAGUGGAGACGGAGAACGGUAUCAUUCACACUGAAGAAGGUGUCGUAGGUUCCAAGGGCCAGACCAACGUGCAGGGCGCCUACAGCUUCAUCCUGGACGGCGGGGAGGUGGUGGAGGUGCGCUACACGGCGGACGAAUUUGGCUUCCAGCCUAAGUCUUCCCUGUUACCCGUGGCCCCAGAGUUCCCUCACCCCAUUCCACAGUUCGUCCUCGACCAGAUCGCCUUCGGUGAGGAACAGCGACGUCUGAAGGCCCUCAGAUUGCAGGAGCUAGAGCAGCAGGAACGACUGGAGCAACAACAGACCGUUCAGUUGCAAGUACAAGAAGAGGUACAAGACGUGGUGCAGCAGCAGGAGGAGACACAGCUGAAGGCGGAACAACAGGUGGAACAGCAGGAGGUGGCGCCAGAAUGAAGGAUCCUGUAGUGUAGACGGCGAUGGCGGUAGGAGGGAAGGGGUGGUUAACAUAAGUGAGAUACUCGCAGACUACGACACAGGUGACAAUAAAACUAAUAAAUCAA